UUGUUUUUGUUUUGUUUUUUUGCAGUACGCGGGCCUCACUGUUGUGGCCUCUUCCAUUGCGGAGCACAGGCUCCGGACACGCAGGAUCAGCGGCCAUGGCUCAUGGGCCUAGCCGCUCCACGGCACGUGGGAUCUUCCCGGACCAGGGCACGAACCCGUGUCCCCUGCAUCAGCAGGCGGACUGUCAACCACUGCACCACCAGGGAAGCCCAGGGUUUUUUGUUUUAAUAAAUUAUUUAUUUAUGGCUGCAUUGGUUCUUCGUUGCUGUGUGUGGGCUUUCUCUAGUUGCAGUGAGCAGGGGCUACUCUUUAAGUUGUAGAGCAUGGGCUCUAGGCGCACGGGCUUCAGUAGUUGUGGCGUGUGGGCUCAGUAGUUGUAGCUCACGGGCUUAGUUGCUCCGCGGCAUGUGGGAUCUUUCCGGACCAGGGAUCAGACCCGUGUCCCCUGCAUUGGCAGGCGGAUUCUUAACUACUGCGCCGCCAGGGAAGUCCAAGAGCUAGGUAUUUUUUAAAGAGUUCAUUUCUUGGGUAUAGUGCCUCCUAAUGUAAGCCUCUUGGAGAGAUGUUAAGCAAGGUGAUGUAAAUAAAAUAAGAUCUAUAUGGUUAAAUGCAAGCUUUGCUCAGCUGAGGCUAUAAGGGCACGUUACAGACUGUAUUGUCUAAACUUUUGUUACAUAGCUACGAGUACUAGGAUGUUGCAUAGAUUCUAGCCAGGUUGAUUGCUAAAAGAUGCAUUUUUUUCUUCUGUCUGCAGAAAGUAAGCCUUCUUGAGUUACUUUCUUGUUAAAUUACCCUUCUCCAUAAUAGACACAUUUAUUUCAUAUUGGGGAUGCUUUUUGGUUCACUAGUAUCUCACCUUUUAACCAUUAGCUUAUAGCUGAGUUAACCACUUAGAACUAUCACCUGUAUAAUCUCUUGCUUCCAGAAAAUAAGCUUAAAUGAAGAGUACAAUUUCUUUUACAUAAAUGUGGUCAGGAAAAUAGUAAUUGUAAUUGUUAAAAAUAGGCUUGCACUUCUUCAAAAAGUAGAUCAUCUUAUGUACCACACUGUGCUAAGCUGCAAGGAUACAAUGAUGAACAAGGUACAUCCUCUUGAGAAACAUGCUUUUUAUACAUAGGAAUAGUAUAUGAAGGUAAAAUACAUCAACACUGCCCCUCACCUCUAUUCUAUCCAGGGUGAUGGAAUUAAUGAUUAUUUUUGGUGCUUGUUAAAUUCAGGCAUUGGUCUAGGUGUUGGGGAUAAAACAGUCUCUUUGGAGGACUUGAAAACUGAAAAGAUGUGUAAAGUAAAUAUAUAAGGUAAGCUGGUUGGCUGGCUUUUGCUUAGUAAAAUUUUGUUUGGGAAAAACCCUUUUUAUUGUAAUUUUAAAAAAAUAUAUGAAAAAAAAAGGCAUGCAGCUGUGAACAGAGAAAGUUUAAAAGCCAGUCAAAAUACCCAACGUGAAUGCAGAGCUACAUGUUCUUAGUUUUGAACACAAUAAAAUGUCCCCUUAAAAGCACUGCUUUUUUGGUCUAAACGCCUUAAAAUGGAACUGCCCAUUCUGAUUACCUCUGAGUCCUGAACGGCUUGCAGCUCAGGACAGUAUAAACACUAAAUACUUGUUCUCACAGGACAGCAAGUUUAGCUUUCCUCAGGAAGACCACUGGACCACGUGUAAAACAUUUUACUAAAACAUUUCUCGGGUUUCCCUGGUGGCACAGUGGUUGAGAGUCCGCCUGCCAAUGCAGGGGACACGGGUUCGUGCCCCGGUCCGGGAGGAUCCCACAUGCCGCGGAGCGGCUGGGCCCAGGAGCCAUGGCCGCUGAGCCUGCACAUCCGGAGCCUGUGUGCUCCGCAGCGGAAGAGGCCACAACAGUGAGAGGCCAGCGUACCGCAAAACAAAACAAAACAUUUCAAAACAUUUCUCUGUAUUGGCCCAAAGGCAUAGAAGAGAAUCCCAAGUUUUAGUGGGCUUCUCAGUGCUUUCACUUGGUGUGUUUUGAUAGAAACUGAUUUGGGUGUGGAGGGAUUUCGAUUAACUUAGCUUCUCUUAGCCAUGUCCACAACUUGUUUACUUAAAAUUUUAAUCUACUUACAUUAAAUUUAGUUUUUUUUAAUGUGUUAGUCUUCUUUAAAGGUUUAUUUUUAAUUUUUAUUUUUUUGGAUGCAUCGGGUCCUAGUUGCGGCACGUGGGGAUCUUUUGUUGCAGCAUGUGGGCUCUUAGUUGUGGUGGUGGUUUUUCUCUAAUCUAGUUGUAGUGCGCAGGCUCCAGAGUGCAUGGACUCUAGUUUGGGCAGGCAGGCUCUAGAUGAGAUGGGGGAGCUCAGUAGUUGUGGCACGCAGGCUUAGUUGCCUCGCGGCAUGUGGAAUCUAUGAAUCCGCAUCCCCUGCAUUGCAAAGCGGAUUCUUACCACUGGACCGCCAGGAAAGUCCCACAUUAAAUUUAGUUUUAAAGGAAGUCUAUUUGAUAGCAAAACUGGUGGUGCUGGCCCAGCACAUAUACAUCCCUUGGAGGGUGGAUUUGGAAAUCCAUUCUGGGUGCCCCACCCCUUGGGAGCAGGGGUAUGUCUCCAUCUUCUAAUUCCUCCCUCACCCAGCUGUAGUCUGUGGAAUUAGUGGCCCGGUAGUUCUAUCUUUCCUCAGGGCCUGGGAGCUCCUGUACCUAGAGCUAGAAUAUUCAACUGCCUCAAACAACCGGGCCGUUUGGAAAUUCCUGCAAUCCCCACCCCCAAGUGCCAGGGGACUGAGUGCACCCCGCUUUUUUUUUUUUAAUUAUUUCAUUUAUUUAGGUUGCGCUGGGUCUUAGUUGCGGUUCGUGGGCUCCUCUGUUGUGGCAUGCAAACUCUUAGUUUGCAUGUGGGAUCUAGUUCCCUGGCCAGGGAUAGAACCCGGAUGCCCUGCAUUGGAAGUACGGAUUCUUAACCACUGCACCACUAGGGGAGUCCCGCAUCCUGUGAACCCACUGUUAUCACCAUCUGUCCUCACCUAUCUCCAAAGGGUCACUACCUCAAUCAGUGACUGCAGACUCUAGGCUGGGAGAGGAGAGGGUUGGCCCAGAGUUUUCAGGCUCCAAUAAAGCACCGCGCAGUCUGAGCCGCCUCGGCCUUUUGUGCAUUCAGUAUAUGUUGGGUGUAAAAUGGAGAAUUUUUUCCCCUAAGUUUAUGUAAAAAUAUAUGCAAAUAAAGCUGUAAGAAAACACUGCUAGCUGCUCUUCGUCACUCCUUGCCAACAUGACUACCUUCAUAGGUAAAAAAUCGUCAAUACAUAAGCUGAUCAUUCCAGAAAAACGACUAUUCCAUAGGUAGUUAGGAACCAGCAGUUGCUUAGAAAUUACAUUAACUCCUAUCACGGAGGGAUUUAGAUUUUAUAACACUUAACUGGAAGCUACAUUUCCAUGUGAAAGGGCUUUCUUUGGUCUUACAUACAGUGACUAAUAAUAUACUAGGGGCCUCAAAAUCUGGUGCUUUUAUGUUGUCGGGUGUCUCAAAACGUAGGCGGGGCCAAAAAGACUCCUUUACACCUUGGGGUAUCUCCGACGGGAUUAACAACUGCCCACCACCGCCUCCUACACGUGCUCAGAUCCUGGGAAAGAAGGGAAAAACAAAAAGGGAAACUGCCAGGACUUAAGAUGUCUGCUCAAAACCACUUCGAUUUCCAGGAAGGGCCUACCCGCUUCCAAAAUGUCCGUCCGCAGUCCUAACGUCACUUGGUCGGCUAGAUCAAGCCAGAAAGCCACUGCGCUCCAAUCAGGGAUUAGCCCCCUCACCCACUGCCCUUGGUUUGCGUCACUUCCGGUGGUGCAGCAGCCAUUUUGUCAGUCGCCAGCGGAUCCCGCGCGCUGGAGAAGUGCAGUUCCUCUUGGUUACCAACUCGUCCGUUCUCCCUCCGCGGUGCGGGCGCCCUCGAAGAGCACUCACCACAGACACAGCCAGUUCUCCCUACAGUGCCGCCACUGCUGUUGCAUCCGCCCGGAACUAGUGCGCUGUCUUCCUCCCUUGCCACUGACAGGCGCCCUCGGGGAGCCGCCGUCAGCGAUGUCAAGCGAGGAAAGCUACCAGGCCAUCCUGCGCUACCUGACGAACGAGUGCGAGCCGUACGCGCCGGGCACCGAGGGUAAUGUCAAGCGUAAAAUCCGCAAGGCGGCCGCCUGCUACGUGGUGCGCGACGGGACGUUGUAUUACCAGCGGCGGCAGCGGCACCGCAAGACCUUCGCCGAGCUGGAGGUGGUGCUGCAGCCCGAGCGGCGUCGGGGGCUUAUCGAGGCUGCGCACCUGGGCCCGGGCGGCACUCACCACACCCAGCAUCAGACCUGGCACGACUUGUCCAAGACGUACUGGUGGCGAGGUAUAUUAAAGCAAGUCAAAGAUUACAUUAAACAGUGUAGCAAAUGCCAGGAGAAACUAGAUCGAUCCCGUCCUAUAUCAGAUACUUCAGAAAUGUUAGAAGAAUUGGGACUAGACCUUGAAUCUGGAGAAGAAAGUAAUGAAUCAGAGGAUGACCUGAGCAACUUUACUUCGCCUCCAACUACAGCUUCCAAGCCUGCAAAAAAGAAGCCAGUAUCCAAACAUGAACUUGUAUUUGUUGACACCAAAGGAGUGGUGAAACGUUCUUCUCCAAAACAUUGUCAGGCUGUCUUAAAACAGCUGAACGAACAGAGACUCUCUAACCAGUUCUGUGAUGUUACUUUGUUAAUUGAAGGAGAAGAGUACAAAGCUCAUAAAUCUGUUCUGUCAGCUAAUAGCGAAUAUUUUCGAGAUCUUUUUAUUGAGAAAGGAGCUGUUUCCAGUCAUGAGGCAGUGGUGGAUCUUUCUGGCUUUUGUAAGGCAAGCUUCCUUCCUUUACUGGAAUUUGCCUAUACUUCUGUGCUAAGUUUUGACUUCUGUAGCAUGGCUGAUGUAGCCAUCUUGGCUCGUCAUCUUUUCAUGUCAGAAGUUUUAGAAAUCUGUGAAAGUGUACAUAAACUAAUGGAAGAGAAGCAACUAACAGUGUAUAAGAAGGGUGAGGUACAAACAGUUACAUCUACACAGGACUUACCAGAACAAAAUGGAGGUACAGCACCUCCUGUGGCUAACAACGAGGGAACCACAACAACUUUAUCCACUGAACUUGGGGAUUGUGAAAUUGUACUGCUGGUGAAUGGAGAAUUGCCAGAGCAGAAUGGAGAGCUAGGACAACAGCCUGAGCCGCAGGUUUCUUCACAGACCGAAGCUGCUCUGUCACCUGUAGGCUGUGUAACUGAUUCCCAUCCUGAAAUGGAGUCUGUUGAUUUAGUAACAAAAAACAGCCAGACAGAACUAGAAACUUUAAACAUCAGAGAAGAUGGCACAGUCUCUAAUACUCAUCCUAAGCUUUCAAAAGAGAAUGUAAUCAGUAGCUCUCCAGAAAACGGUAAUAUGGGAAAUGGUACAGCAACAGAGGAUAUCUGUGCUGAAGAUAUUUCAGAGCAUAGGCAGAACCUUGGCCAGUCUUUAAAAGAUCAGGAAAAUCUUGUUGAACCGACAGCACAGACAGACCAUAGUCCCGAUGAUGAUGAUACUUACAGAAGCAGGCUUCGGCAGCGUUCUGUUAACGAAGGGGGAUAUAUCCGACUACACAAAGGAAUGGAGAAGAAGCUGCAGAAACGGAAAGCCAUUCCCAAGUCAGCAGUUCAACAGGUGGCUCAGAAAUUAGUUCAAAGAGGAAAAAAGAUGAAACAACCAAAAAGGGAUGCUAAAGAGAAUACCGAAGAAGAAGCAUCCCAUAAAUGUGGGGAAUGUGGAAUGGUUUUUCAGAGACGAUAUGCUCUUAUAAAGCACAUACUGAAACAUGAAAGAGCUAGAGAUUACAAGUGUCCAUUGUGUAAGAAACAGUUUCAGUACAGUGCCUCCUUGAGAGCACACCUUAUUCGACAUACCAGGAAAGAUGCGCCUACUUCAUCCUCUUCCAGUUCUGCAUCUAAUGAGGCCUCAGGAUCAUCGUCUGAGAAGGGCAGAACCAAACGAGAAUUUAUAUGUUCGAUAUGUGGAAGGACAUUACCUAAAUUAUAUUCUCUUCGAAUACAUAUGUUAAAGCACACAGGGGUAAAACCACAUGCAUGCCAGGUCUGUGGAAAGACUUUCAUCUACAAGCACGGUCUAAAAUUACACCAGAGUCUCCAUCAAUCACAAAAGCAGUUCCAGUGUGAACUAUGCGUUAAGUCAUUUGUUACCAAACGGAGUCUUCAGGAACACAUGAGUAUUCACACAGGAGAGUCGAAGUACCUUUGCUCAGUUUGUGGAAAGUCUUUUCACAGGGGCUCUGGGCUCAGCAAGCACCUAAAGAAGCACCAACCAAAGCCUGAAGUUCGAGGCUAUCAUUGUACUCAAUGUGAAAAAAGUUUCUUUGAAGCUAGAGAUCUUCGCCAGCACAUGAACAAACAUCUUGGUGUGAAACCAUUCCAGUGCCAAUUUUGUGAUAAGUGCUAUAGUUGGAAGAAAGAUUGGUAUUCCCAUGUGAAGUCUCACUCUGUCACUGAGCCUUACAGGUGUAAUAUAUGUGGCAAAGAAUUUUAUGAGAAGGCAUUGUUCAGAAGGCAUGUAAAGAAAGCUACCCAUGGAAAAAAAGGAAGAGCAAAGCAAAACCUGGAACGGGUGUGUGAACAAUGUGGAAGAAAAUUCACUCAGCUGAGAGAGUAUAGGAGACACAUGAACAACCAUGGAGGAGUUAAGCCAUUUGAGUGCUUAACAUGUGGAGUAGCUUGGGCUGAUGCCCGAUCUCUAAAACGCCACGUCAGAACACAUACAGGUGAACGGCCCUAUGUCUGUCCCGUAUGUAGUGAAGCCUACAUAGAUGCUCGAACACUCCGUAAACAUAUGACUAAAUUCCACAGAGAUUAUGUGCCUUGUAAAAUUAUGCUGGAAAAAGAUACCCUUCAGUUUCAUAACCAAGGAACUCAAGUGGAGCAUGCUGUUAGCAUCUUAACAGCAGAUAUGCAGGAACAAGAAAACAGCGGUCCUCAAGAACUUGAAACUGUGGUAGUUACAGGAGAAACUAUGGAAGCUCUCGAAGCUGUUGCAGCUACUGAAGAAUGUCCGUCAGUAUCUACACUUUCUGACCAAAGUAUCAUGCAAGUGGUUAACUAUGUGUUAGCACAACAGCAAGGACAGAAGCUAUCUGAAGUUGCAGAAGCUAUUCAAACUGUUGAAGUGGAGGUGGCCCAUAUUUCAGAAACAGAGUGAAUGUAGUAAUGGAGAUGAACAGAAGGGACAUCUCACAUAAACUGACUCACAGAACAUUUGUUUACAGUACUAUGUGGCUGUCCGCCUAGAGUUUGUAUGUCAAGGCUCUGGGCUGUUUUGGUGGUGUUUUAACAUUUCUAAACAGUUUGUCUGGCUAAUGGGUUCUGUAGAAAAGUCCAUUUACUGUAAAGAAAUUGAAAACAAAUCUAUUUGAUGGCAGUGGAUUAUCAUGGUAUACUUUUUAUGAAUUAAUGUUUAUAAAGAACUGUACUAAAUAAAUUAAAAACCAUACAGUUUCAUUUGCAUUUUGACAUUAUUAUAUACUUUGAGUUUAAAAGGCUGUACUCAUUGGCUUUUCUUCUCUUUUAUUCUCAAAAUAUAGAGGUUCUGUGAUUUCAUUUGCCUUGUUUAUGGAUUAAAAAUUCUAAUAUAAAACGUUUUAGUGCGAUGCAUAAGUAUAUUACAUUUUUUUAAAUGCUUCAGAUCUGUGAUUCUUGACUUACUAUUUAUUUUAACCCCUUAUAAAGUCAAGGAUUCUUUAUUUUAAAGCACUUAAUGAGUUACAUGUUGUAAUCAAGUUUGCACAGUGUACUUAAUCUAUAUGGGGAACCCUUAAAUGAAUAGCUGAUUUUUUAAAAUACCAUUAAAAUGCAUGAAAUGCCUAUUAAAGCCUUACUCUACUAUCCUUCAAGGCAAGUAAAUUGACCAUGAGCAAAGAAUACUGUUACUAAACUCUGUUGAUGGGAAAUUUCUCCUUGAUAACAUAAGAUAAUAAAUGGGAAAAAAGAAGUAAAAACUAGGUUUGGUAUGUUUGCAGUUUCUGUAUCAUGUUUAAUUGUUCAAUUUUGUUGAAAAACUGCAGUUUAGAAGUAGGAUAAUGAUAUAGACAUCUACAGCGGUCCUGUGGAUACCAUGUAAUUGUCAAGUAAUUUCAGAAUAUUGAAAAUUCUUCAGCCCUCAUUACAGUAUACUACUUAAAUAAAUUGAUUAUGACCCACCAAAUUGUUAAAGGUAAAUUCUUCUUAAAAGUUGCCUGAGAGUGAAAUUAAUUUCGUGUGUUUGAUUUUUAAAUUCCCACCUCUUUAAGCUAUCCAGUUUUCUCGUUUUUCAAAAUAACCACGGGGAGAUGCCACAUUUCUCUCCUGGGAAACUACCACUCAAGCUCUAAUUGUUAAAAUUAAACUUCUAAGUAUUAGAAGCUAAUAUAAGUUGUAAAAUUAAGAUACAAGCAGAUCACAUGUAAGUCAUUCCUAAAGCACAAGAAAAGAAUGUGCCUUGAUGUACAUAUAUUAUUAAGAUGCUUAUUUCAGUUUACUUUAAAAGUGGCUUAAAAGAUGAAGAAUAAAUGUGAUGCCAUGCAUGCAUUAUACCUGUAUAUGUAAUAUUUGCAUUUGCAAAUUUCCCAUUGUUUUGAUAGCUGUGUGGCUGACUUUCAAUUUUAAGUGGAUUAACAUACAGUCUAACUUUAUAAUGGCUGCUUGUUUAUCAUAUCUUUCAGUUAGUGAAAAUGUAUUUCAACCUGACAAAAAUUUGGAAUUGUAUCUUUAUGUUCCCUUGUCACCAUUGUUAUUAGAUUUAGUUAAUUGUAUAAGACCCAUUAAUGUAUGUCAUAAAUAUGUAAAUAAAAGAUGUUGAAUCUUGUUUAAAGCAUAAGCUUUGGAGUUGAGCUUGUCACUAUUUUCAGCUCAUAAAUCAGUUGCUGUUAUUUGAUAUGUUAUAGAGUUAAUCCAUUUUUAAAGGGGAGGAGAAUUGAACACAUUAAAAAAUAACCAUUGACGGAACAC